AUGCACUCAUUGAUCGCAAUACUAGCGUUUUCAUUCGCCGUUCUAUACAUACCUAUUCACAGUUGUAUAGUGAAAGCAAAUCCAACGUUGAACGUACGUAAAACGCCUUCAGCGUCGGGAACAAUUGUGAAAAGUCUCUAUCAAGGCACAACAGUGAGCUGUUUAGAGAAAAAGAAUGGAUUUUGUCGUGUUGGUACAGACCAAUGGGCAUCUGCCGAGUACAUCAAUUGUGCUACAUCAAAAUCCGAUUCGUACGAAAACACUGCACCCAAAGCUGAUUAUACUCGUAAAACAUGGCGAGGAGUGAAAUUGAAUCAACGUACCAUCGAUAUGAUCCUACGCGCUGAAGUUUACGUGGAACAAAUGGGAAUGAGUGGCUUUCAGUUUUCGUUAAGUCAAGGUUCGUACUCGUCGAGCGUUGCUGCAAGUGCUGGCACACAUGAUGGCGGUGGUGCUAUUGACAUUCGCACAUCCGUUGUUAAUAACGAUAAGAAGAAAGUCGACACCAUGGUUGUUGCUUUGCGUAAAGCUGGCUUUGCUGCUUGGUCACGCGGACGUGUUGCAGAUAGUUUUCAAAAUAAUAAGCAUAUUCAUGCUAUUGCUAUCGGAGACCGAGAAGCAUCAUCGGGUGCUAAAAAUCAAGUGGCUAGCUUUAAACGUGGUCGAAAUGGACUUAAAGGUGAUGGUGUUGAUCCAGACGCUUAUUUAAGUCGAGCAACACCUGCUUGGGCUAAAUAG